CAGCCAGAGGGAGAGUCAGAGACCGACAGAGAGCGGAUUAUUUAACAGCAAAUUUCCCUUUAUAAUGAAAACCCUGAACAUUUAAAUAGAACAAGCGGCCAGGCUCCGCCUUUAUUUCUAGCAAUGCAAAUCUGUUUUGCAGAACCGGACAGCCAUCCCUAAAAUUGAGAUCUACAGAAGAUGAACCAGCCAGCGGGGACGAGAGACCUGGCUCUUUAAACUGGUGUCAAAGCCGAUUAAAGCUGAUCUCCCUCGUGAUUCUGUUUUACCUUCUGUUCACUGGAUCUAAGGUAUAAUUUUUCCUUUUGCGUUUUAUAUGUCAACUGGAAUGGCUAUAACCCAACACUCGUUAGAUCGCUGCAGCUGGACGGCAGAUGAGCUGCGGUUCAGCAUUCGCAACUUUUCCGUGCGCCCUGGCAAUCUCUGGACCCUGUUUUUGUAACUCGCUUCCUCUUUUCUUCUUUGCUGUUGCUUUUUUUUCAAGGAAAAAGUGGAGAUAUGGUGGAAAGCUAAUCGCUCUUAAUAUCAAUCCGGGGGAAAAUGCAGAAAACUGUGAGAUAUAAUGAAGGGCAUGCUUUGUACCUAUCAGUCGUUGCGCGCAAAGAGGGGACCAAACGAGGCUACCUGAGCAAAAAAACUGCCGAAAACAGCAGGUGGCACGAAAAGUGGUUCGCGCUCUACCAAAAUAUCCUCUUUUACUUCGAAAACGAACAGAGCACCAGACCUUCUGGGAUCUAUCUGUUGGAGGGGAGCACCUGCGAGACGGUCCCUGCGCCAAAAGUGUCAGCAGUGGGGAAAGACACUCUCGAUAAACAGUAUUACUUCAUCAUCAUCUUCGGCCACGAUGGACAGAAGCCUCUGGAGCUGCGCACGGAGGAGGAGACGGACUGUGACGAGUGGGUUGAAGGAAUCCAACAAGCCAGCUACUCUGACAUUAUAAUUGAACGGGAGGUGCUGAUGCAGAAGUACAUCCACCUGGUGCAGAUCGUGGAGACGGAGAAGAUUGCAGCAAACCAACUGCGGCACCAGCUUGAGGACCAGGACACUGAGAUUGAGAGGCUGAAAGCAGAGAUCAUCGCCCUCAAUAAAACAAAAGAACGGAUGCGCCCCUACCAAGGAAAUCAAGAAGAUGAAGAUCCAGAUAUUAAGAAGAUUAAAAAGGUCCAGAGCUUCAUGAGAGGCUGGCUGUGCAGGAGGAAGUGGAAGACAAUCGUCCAGGAUUACAUCUGUUCCCCCCACGCCGAGAGCAUGAGGAAGAGGAACCAGAUCGUCUUCAACAUGGUGGAGGCGGAGACGGAGUAUGUGCACCAGCUCUACGUCCUGGUCAACUGCUUCCUGCGGCCCCUCCGAAUGGCAGCCAGCUCCAAGAAGCCGCCCAUCUGCCAUGACGACGUCAGCAGCAUCUUCCUCAACAGUGAGACGAUAAUGUUUCUACAUGAAAUAUUUCACCAAGGACUGAAGGCAAGGAUCGCUAAUUGGCCUACGUUAAUUUUAGCUGACCUGUUUGACAUUUUACUGCCAAUGUUGAACAUCUACCAAGAGUUUGUGCGCAACCACCAGUAUAGCCUGCAAGUCCUGGCCAACUGCAAGCAGAACCGAGACUUCGACAAGCUGCUGAAGCAGUACGAGACCAACGCUGCGUGCGAGGGGAGGAUGCUGGAGACCUUCCUCACCUACCCCAUGUUCCAGAUACCCCGAUACAUUAUCACUCUUCAUGAGCUCCUCGCCCACACCCCACACGAGCACGUGGAGCGCAAGAGCUUGGAAUUCGCCAAGUCCAAACUGGAGGACCUGUCCAGGGUAAUGCACGAUGAAGUGAGUGACACUGAGAACAUCCGCAAGAACCUUGCCAUCGAGAGGAUGAUCGUGGAGGGCUGUGAUAUACUGCUAGACACCAGCCAAACGUUUGUACGACAAGGUUCUCUCAUCCAGCUCCCCUCGGUGGAGAGAGGCAAGCUCAGCAAGGUGCGGCUGGGCUCCCUGUCCCUGUCCCUGAAGAAGGAAGGGGAGAGGCAGUGCUUCCUGUUCACAAAGCACUGCCUGAUUUGCACCAGGAGUUCAGGGGGAAAGUUGCACCUGCUUAAGCAAGGUGGAGUGUUGUCUCUGAUUGACUGUACUCUAAUUGAAGAGCCUGAUGCAAGUGAUGAUGAUGCAAAAAGUACUGGCCAAGUCUUUGGGCAUCUAGAUUUUAAGAUUGUGGUGGAGCCCACAGACACCCCCUCAUUUACAGUCGUCCUAUUGGCUCCUUCACGACAGGAGAAAGCAGCGUGGACCAGCGACAUCAGCCAGUGCAUAGACAACAUACGCUGCAAUGGCUUGAUGACCAGCGUGUUUGAAGAAAACUCCAAAGUCACUGUGCCUCACAUGAUCAAAUCCGAUGCUCGUCUCCAUAAAGACGAUGUUGACAUUUGCUUCAGCAAGACGCUCAACUCCUGCAAGGUUCCUCAAAUCCGCUAUGCCAGCGUGGAGAGGCUGCUGGAGAGGCUGACAGACCUGCGCUUCCUUUCCAUCGACUUCCUCAACACCUUCCUGCACACCUACCGCAUCUUCACCACGGCCGCCGUUGUCAUGGAGAAGCUGGCAGAUAUCUACAAGAAACCCUUCACCUCCAUCCCCAUCAGAUCCCUGGAAUUAUUCUUUGCCACAAACCAGAACAGCCGAGGCGAGCACCUGAAUGACGUCAAAUCCCCCCGCCUGUCCCGGAAAGUGUCUUCCCCUCCUCCCCUCUCCAUCUCCCGGACCUCUUCCCCCGUGAGGACCAGGAAGCUCUCUCUCAAUUCCCCAGUGAACUCCAAGGUGUGCGCUCUGGACCUGUCCACCUCCUCUACAGCCAGCAGCCCCACCUCCACCUACAACCCGACCACAUCGCCCCCACCUGCCCCUACCAAGGCCCCUCUGGACCUCAGCCGAGCUCCAUCCUCUCCGGAACAGAGCCCCGGGGCUGUAGAGGAGAGCUCGGAGCUGCCCCGCAUUGACCUGUGCGGGAAGUUGAGGAGGAGCAUACGGAGAGCAGCUGUGCUGGAGUCGGUGUCCCUGGAUAAGUUCACCUCCGAGAGCCCCCAGGCGAGUGAGGCUGGAGACAUCUCCCCCUGCAGGUCCCCCUCCACCCCGCGACACCUCCGCUACCGGCAAGGGGUCCAAUCAGUUGAAAAUGUCCGCUGUUCUGUGUCCCCUGCUUCAGCAUUUGCCAUCGCCACGGCAGCGGCAGGCCACGGGAGCCCGCCAGGGUUUAACAGCGCAGAGCGAAUGUGUGACAAAGACUUCAUAAUCCGCAGAGCUGCUACCAACCGAGUUCUGAAUGUUCUCCGGCACUGGGUCUCCAAGCAUUCCCAGGACUUUGAGAUGAACGGAGAGUUGAAAAUGGGGGUAAUCUGCUUGCUGGAGGAGGUGUUACGAGACCCAGACCUACUACCACAAGAAAGGAAAGCAACUGCUAAUAUAUUAAGCGCCCUUUCUCUAGAUGACCAGGACGAUGCUCAAUUAAGGAUAGAAGACAUUCUUCAGAUGGCAGAAUGCCCCACAGUUGAAUGUUUUGAGAGUCUUUCAGCCAUGGAGCUUGCAGAGCAGAUCACCCUACUGGAUCACAUUGUUUUUCGUAGCAUCCCCUAUGAGGAGUUUCUUGGCCAAGGGUGGAUGAAGGUGGACAAGAAUGAACGAACCCCCUACAUCAUGAAAACCAGCCGGCACUUCAAUGACAUGAGUAACCUCGUUGCCUCCCAGAUCAUGUUGCACACGGACGUAGGCUCUCGGGCCAACUCCAUGGAGAAGUGGGUGGCGGUGGCCGAUAUCUGCCGCUGUCUGCACAACUACAACGGGGUGCUGGAGAUCACGUCAGCGCUCAACCGCAGCGCCAUCUACAGGCUCAAGAAGACAUGGGCCAAGGUUUCCAAGCAGACAAAAGCACUUAUGGACAAACUUCAGAAGACCGUGUCAUCCGAAGGAAGAUUUAAAAACCUCAGAGAAACUCUUAAAAACUGUAAUCCUCCCACCGUUCCCUACCUGGGAAUGUAUUUAACUGACCUAGCAUUUAUAGAAGAAGGGACCCCUAACUUCACUGAGGAGGGCCUGGUAAACUUCUCCAAGAUGAGGAUGAUAUCCCAUAUCAUUAGGGAGAUACGACAGUUCCAGCAGACGCCCUACAGGAUAGAGAACCAACCAAAGGUCACUCAGUACUUACUUGACAAAACCCUCAUCAUGGAUGAAGACACCCUUUACGAUCUGUCCUUAAAGAUUGAGCCACGGCUUCCAGCGUGAGCGCCAGCCUACUCCUCGGGGCUUCCAACUGGGAGAGCGAGAGCGCUGGGUGCAGAACGGGGCAUGCCAAGCCCUUUGGAUUGCAAGGGAGGGAAGAAAGAGGAGAGAGAGCCAGGAAUCCUUUCCGAUGAGACGCACAGAAAGAGCCCCUCAUUGAAGAUGGUGGUGGGGAUUGAGGUGGAAACGGGAGAACUGCAUGUCUGGGAGCGUGGAACAAUUUCCGGGUUACUUUGUUGAAGAAAACUCUAACUCAAUGCAUUGGUUUGUUUCAAAUGAAAGUGACUGUUAGUGUAAAAGAAAGAUUUAUAACUGGUCUACGCAUGUAGUAGAGAGAGGAAAUGUAGCUUUCGGGGUAUUCAAACACUGACCAAUCAGCUCGAUGCAGACAAUGCAUUAUUGCACACACAUGUCAUUCCACCUUCUGGUGACCCCUGCAUCGUCACACAGGUAUAUCAUGUUUGUAAUUUGGUUCAAGCUGUGGUUUUCAGUGAGGGCUUUCUAGUAUUUAUUUCAUGCUACGAUUCCUCUUACACUUUUAUUUUCAGUCUCUCGUAGUCUGCAUAGACUAACAGAAACAAGACCGCAAAGGGUUAAAAGAAGGCAUAGCAACACUGUGUUUGCUGUUACUGUUAUUCUUGUUUCCCAUCCCAAAUCUCUGGUCGUCUUUGCCAAGUUGCCCCUUUGAAUAUUUCUUAUAUUGUACAAACAUACAAGAAAUAAAGGUCCACAUUAUAAAAUUACAUAGACAAAAAGACGCAGAUAAGUUCAUGUUUGGUUAGUUAGCUACCCUGUAAUGAAACUAAGGGGUGUAAACGCUUUUUUCCAGAUAGCAUUGCUGUUUUUAUUUAUUUAUUUAUUUAUUUAUAAUAAGAAAUGAAGUCAAAUAAUUUAGCCUUUCAGCUAAUGCAUUUAUAACCGAAGUAGGUCCGCAUGAGUUUAUUGUUGGUUUAGUUGAGAGUAGUUGUUGUUUAUUGUUCUUGAUCACGAUGUUAUAGAAGUUUGAAGGAAUCAUUUAAAACUCUUGAAUUUGUAUAAUAUUUUAUAUUUAUUUAUCCCAUGAUAUGUAACAUGUUUCUAAUCAUAAUGUGUUACUGUUUCUGAGCAAGCCAGAGCAAAGUAGAAUUUCUAUAAUGAGUCCAGUAUAAAAACUCUGUACUGGUCAUUUCUUCCUCCCUGAAUCUUUUAAAGAUUUGCAAUGGAAAAUAUCUAACUCACUCACUGUUUCAGGGGGAAGGAAAUGACAGGUGCACAACCUCACUGUUGCUUUUUAAACUGGCCUCAUUACAGAAAUCCCAUUUUACUCUGGCUUGCUUAGAGACAGUCCCAAAGCUAAAAUAUAUAGAUGGCUUUAUUAAUUAUGCAAAUAUUUGUUAGUGCAGAAACAGUAAGAAAUGGUGAUUAAGAGAUUAUGGGAUGGCUAACAUUCUGCAGAUUAAGAUAGUUAAAGUGAAGUAUUCCUUUAAGUAACAGAAGUGUCACUCUCCUAGUCUGGCUGUCUGCCCUCUACAGACAACCACAAAGACAGUUUACAUGUAGAACAGAGGCAUUCUGCCAAUACAACAUCGAUCGUGUGGUGCUUCACAGGUAGAGAUCAGAGGAAAACAUAGUAUCCAGUACUACUGACAUUUUCAAAUCCUGCCCAUUGCUACAUGUUAAGAUGCCACACAACCCAGGGCUUCCCAAUCAUGAAUGUAAAUGUGGAGGCAUUUGAGCAGCCCUGCUACGUGCAAGGAAACUAGAACAGAGGAUAUAAUGCAAAAGCAAACCGGACCGUUGAGCACAUUGUAUUUACCACAGUGAUACGAAGACGUUUCUUCCAGGUCUGUGGUUCUGUGGUUAAGAAUAUGCUGCUCUUGGAGAGGGCACAUUAAUAGGGAAAUACACAGCCUUGCUUACUAAGUGCUGUUCAAUCUAACAAGUUGGAAUGAUCUGUUCAUUUUCAAUUGCUAUCAAUACUACUAAUAACUGCACAAAAACAGCUGCUUACAAUAGAGUGCAUGCCCAAUGCUUGCUUAGCAUGCAGUGUAUAGAUAAACACAUCAGCAAAUACAUACUGGUACUAACACAAUGCACUCCAAACAGUUAACCAGCCCCCCUCAAUCUGUAGAAUUGUUCUGGGUCCCUGCGCCUCAGGGAAGGACAGGUGCACUAAGGUGUUAGCAAGGUACAGCUACGAUAGGAAACAAUCUCCCAUGUUUAAGCGUUCAUGCUGUCUACUACUGACAAGCACUACAGCUUCAAGAUUACCAACGUUGAAAUUUCGGCCCGUUUUUUCUUUCUGGUGAGAAAUGAAACAUGAUUAUGCAAGGCUUUUUAAAACAUUGGGCGCAUAUUACUUUUGUUGUUGUAGACCCGUACUGUAACUUUAAUUAAAUUCCCUUUUGCAUAAACCCCUUUCAGUUCUGACAAGUGAAACUAUGCAUAAUUAAGACAUUCUACACAAACCUUUUGUGGUGUCUAGUUAACUCACAGACUAGAGGAACUUUGUGUGUGGUGCCAUAAGAUGCUGCUGCUGCAUUGGUGUGUGUCAGCCCAGUGUGGAAGAGCAGCACUGCACAGAACACAAACUUCCACUGCUGUGGACCACGGAAGGGGAGAACAUAUGCUUAUACCAACAGGAGUCAGUAUGAACCCUGGAUUGCCGACAAACUCUGGUUUGAUGGCCGCAUGGCCGGAGCUGGUACAUAGAGGAGUGAGUAACUUGCUAAUGCAUUUCAAACCUUAUCAUCACUGGAAUUGUCAUAGCAAUCCUUCAGUUGGUGGCCAGUGUAAUGACUGGAGUACUGUACAUGCAGUUUCUAGAGAGAGGAGGAGGACAGCACUAAUAGUUACAGAGUUACAGUAAUGUUCUGUAUGGCUUCAAGUCCGGGAGCUGUCAUGAACAGAGGACACAGCAAAACAAUAUUGGAGUGGACACCAGCCUUGUUUCUGAUAAAACGUUCCACACUGGCUGACCCUACUCACACCACAAGAGGGCGGUGUUUGCUUACAAAGUACAGAGGAUGCACUCUUCAGCCUGCAGCGUUCCUCCUCUUCUGCAGCUUCACACUGUUAAUCUCUUUGACUGUCAGCACCCAACACAAACCAUAUAUAUAUAUAUAUAUAUAUAUAUAUAUAUAU